AUGCUUCAUGGACAUACUUACGAAAAUUUUUUUAUACGUGCGAUUAUGAGUCCAUCAUUUGUUAAACAAGCUUUGGUAUGGUCCGAAAAGAAUUUUGAAGAGAUGGAAAAAAUAUUAUGUAAUGAAAUUCAUACCGAACCGUUGACAGAUGAAGCUAUUAUUGAUAAUUUAAUGGAAGCUACCGCUGGAGUGAUCAAAAUUAACUUGCGAAGAACUAAACAAACUGAUGCGGUACUUCGAGAAAUUUCUCGAAUACACACAACUUUUGAUCUUAACUAUCGUGUGAGUACCCGAAAAAAAAUUUUAGAUGGUUAUGUUAUUCCUGCCGAAACUCAAAUUUAUAUACAUCAAUAUGGUAUAAAUAAGCAUAAAGCUCUUUGGACGAAUCCUGAAAAAUUUAAUCCUGAUCGUUUCUUGAAUAAUCGAGAAAAGACUUUGAACCUUACAUUUGGAGGAGGUAUAAGAAUGUGUCCGGGACAAAGUUUAGCAAUGAUGGAAUUGAAAACGUAUAUGGUAUUGAUGUACCGAAAAUAUGAUUUUGAAUUGGUUGAAUUAGUAGAAGUUGUGAUGAAUUGA